CAUGAAGCAGGGACCCCCUGUCCUUGGUGUUGUGGGUGUCUUGGCAUAGUAGAUCUUGUUGUCAGUGUACUGGAGUCCAGCACAGUGUUUGGCUCUGCCUAUGUGCUUGUGUUCUCGCAGUGUUGAUUAUAAUAAGAGGCUGGGUGUGAUAAGAAGCAGACUAGAUGUAGCGUCUGUUGGAAUGACUGGACGGAGCAUUUCUAUAACAGAGCUGUGCACUACAAAUCAGGAAGUCAGUUUAGUAGAUUGCUUUAGACCGGAGAAGUUAUGGUGUCAGGGAGAGCCGAGUGUCACAAUCCCAGUCCUGCACCAUGCAUCUGACAAGUUUCAAGCUGCAAAGCUUUAACUAUUUGCCUCGAAUACCUAAUCACAUUCCCCACCCUUCCUUUUAAUGCUGCCUAUUCGACUACAUUUAAUACAGUCAAAAUCAGUGAAAAGAGUUGAUGUGCUACGAGGCUCAAAAUACUUCUUGUUGGUUCUUAUGGAGUUUACCUGUUCUAUAUGGGGAGUAUCAUUGUGCUGUCAGAGUUUACUUAGUCCUCGUGUAGCAUGUAGCCUGCCAGCUUGUGAGCUAACCUCUGACCCCUCGACCCUAACAAAGAUCACAGGCCUUGUCCCUCACUGUGACCCCCGGCUUUGCUCGGGGUUUAUUUUAGUCGGAAAUACAGCCUGUUAAUUUGAGUCACAAGCUGUCAACUCUCAAUGCUUCUUCCAUCAUUGUCGAUGUAGUUGUGAAGGGGUUCUCACGUAGCUGAAUGGGUCAUUGUUGUUCUCUCUCUGUGUUGAGGUCCCUUUCUUUGAGGAGGAGGAGCUCUCUAUGAAGGCGGGGACAGCAGGGUGCCCCCCCUCUGCCCCCCCUUUGCAGACCGAGCCGCAGAUCCUGAUGCCGACGUCUACAUGAAGUUCAUGAUGAACCACUCCUGCUACGAUGCCAUUCCAACCAGCUCCAAGCUGGUCAUUUUUGACACGACGCUGCAGGUGAAAAAAGCUUUCUUUGCCUUGGUGGCCAACGGUGUUCGAGCCGCGCCUCUGUGGGACAGCAAGCUGCAGUGUUUCGUAGGUAUGUUGACCAUCACAGACUUCAUUAACAUUCUUCACCGGUACUACAAGUCUCCCCUGGUCCAGAUCUAUGAGUUGGAGGAACACAAGAUCGAGACCUGGCGAGAGGUCUACCUGCAAUGCUCCUUCCACUCUCUAAUCAGCAUCACUCCAGAAUCCAGCCUCUUUGAUGCCAUCUACUCUCUGCUGAAGAACAAGAUCCACAGGCUGCCUGUCAUUGAUCCAGAGUCUGGCAACGUGCUCCACAUUCUCACACAUAAACGCAUCCUCAAGUUCUUACACCUCUUCGGAUCCAUGAUCAUCAAACCCCGUUUUCUCCAGAAGCGGAUUGGAGAAGUGGACAUUGGAACGUUCAAGAAAGUGGCCACUGUGCAGGAGUCAGCCACAGUGUACGACGCUCUCGCCAUCUUUGUAGAGAGGCGGGUCUCUGCCCUCCCUGUUGUCAAUGAAAAAGGAAAAGUGGUGGCACUCUACUCCAGGUUUGAUGUCAUUAACCUGGCAGCUCAGAAGAACUAUAAUAACCUGAACCUGACGAUGCGGGAGGUGAUUGAAAUGAGAGCGUGCUGCGUGGAGGGGGUGCUGAAGUGCUACCCCCACGAGACUCUGGAGACGAUAAUCGACCGCAUCGCAGAAGCUGAGGUUCACCGUCUGGUGCUGGUGGACAGCGAGGACCUGGUGAGGGGGAUCGUGUCGCUGUCUGACCUGCUCCAGGCCCUGGUUCUCACCCCGGCAGAUAUUUCUGAGAGGUCGAGCGAAGUGACAAGUGACGAGUGAAGGCUUCAGAUGAUUGAGGAAACUGUCCGACUGCUCACUCUCAGCAACACUUCAAUGGUCUUUUAAAUCAUUGUGAAAUAUUGCAAUUGCCUAAAUGUACUCCUUUUUAUACUUUUUUUUGUCUAUACAGUGUUUAUUUAUGAAUUUCUGAUUACAUUUCUAAAACUUUAGACAUUUUGAUUCAUCAACGUGCACUGUCAUUUUAGUUUUCAUAGUUGUUGGCACGUAACAAGUGACAAAACUUACUGCUGCAAACAUCUGAUAGGAAUCUUGUGAUGCUUCUUAAGUUUAUACAAUUUAAACUUAAAAUAGUUUGUGAAAAUGUGCAGUAUUUGUAGAUGCUGAGCUUGUAUUUGACUCCUCAGUACCUUCUUAGUUUCAAUGCUAUUUUUAUGUCUUACAGUAGCUCGGAGAACGGUAGAUGUUUGACAAAUGUCUUCCUCACUAAUAAUAAUUUUUCCCUGACAUUUCUCAACAAAGAAAUAACAACAAUUCAUUAACUUUACUCCUUCCACAUCUUUUUAAUUUCUCAAUAAAUACAUCUAAUGUUUAUCACAAGAAUCUUCAACAAUGGAUCAAAAAUUCACGUUUCUGUAUGUUUUGAGAAUAAAACAAAGGUUUACAAAAC